CUCGGGUUGGGCCGGAUGAGCUCCUCCUCCUCGUCGUCGUCGUCUUCGUCUCGAGUUCUUGGUUGGUUGGAUCUACCUCGAGCUGCCCGGAGCUUGGCUGUGGAGGCGGCCAUGGCGCGGGUGGGCAAGCACGGCGAGUCGUCGCCGCCGUCCGACCGUAGGCCGCUCCACUUCGCGGCGUUCCUGCUGCUCGCCGACGCGGCGCUCGUCGCCCUCAUCGUCGUCUUCGUCCCGUAUACCAAGAUCGACUGGGACGCGUACAUGGCUCAGGUGGACGCGUUUGUGGAAGGGGAGAGGGAUUACACCAAGAUCGAGGGCGACACGGGGCCGCUCGUCUACCCGGCCGGCUUCCUCUACGUUUACUCCGCCAUCAAGCUUCUCACCGCCGGCCAAGUCUUCCCCGCGCAGAUUUUGUUUGGUGUCCUGUACAUUGUGAACCUUAGCCUUGUUCUGCUGAUGUACGUCAAGACUGAAGUGCUUCCAAGGUGGGCUUUAGGUUUGCUUUGCUUGUCAAAGAGGGUUCACUCCAUCUUUGUGCUCCGCCUUUUCAACGAUUGUUUCGCUAUGACGUUUCUCCAUGCUGCCAUGGUUUUGAUUAUGUAUCACAAGUGGUACCUUGGUCUAGUAAUUUUCAGUGCAGCUGUCUCCAUUAAGAUGAAUGUGCUUCUUUUUGCUCCAUCGUUAUUACUACUGAUGCUGAAGGUACAAUCCCCUCUAGCUUGUUACUGGUAUCUUCUUGUGAUGCCAAUAGCUAGCCUAACUUUUUUUUUUUUGGUACAGGCCAUGAGCAUCAAAGGAGUCUUCUUUGCUUUAUUAGGGGCUGCAGCACUACAGGUUUUGUUGGGUAUGCCAUUCUUGUUAUCACAUCCAGUUGAGUACAUCUCACGAGCAUUCAAUCUUGGGCGUGUCUUCAUCCAUUUCUGGUCUGUAAAUUUUAAAUUUGUCCCUGAGAAGUUCUUUGUAUCAAAAGAGCUAGCUGUUGCAUUGUUGGUUCUUCACCUCACUACUCUUUUGGUCUUUGCACACUACAAGUGGCUUAAGCAUGAGGGUGGCUUGUUCCAUUUCUUGCAUUCCAGAUUCAAAGAUGCCACAUCAAUUGGACAGUUAAUUUUUGCCAAGCCCAAACUGUCAACUCUUAACAAAGAACAUAUUGUAACGGUCAUGUUUGUUGGAAAUUUCAUUGGCAUCGUGUGCGCACGAUCAUUACACUACCAAUUUUAUUCCUGGUACUUCUAUUCACUGCCUUUCCUUUUGUGGAAAACUCGUUUUCCAACAUUUGUGAGGGUCAUUUUAUUUCUUGCUGUGGAGCUCUGCUGGAAUAUCUAUCCUUCCACUGCCUAUUCGUCACUGCUGUUGCUAUUCAUUCACAUCUCCAUCUUGUUUGGCUUAUGGAGCUCACCUGCAGAGUACCCCUAUGCCAAUGGAAAGAAAUGAAAAAACAGUAUCGACAAGCACGGCACGGCAAUAUCAUACAGUUUUAACUUUGAGAUAGGCUUUAGUUGUUUCUUCCCUUGUUAUACAGGCAAGAUCAAGAAGGGGUAUGGAAAUCUGAAGUUGUAAUUCAACACACUGUAUUUUUGAUAUGUCAAUGCUCUUGCUGUCAGUAGGCUCUAGUUUCCUGGAUGAUCAUUUCGUCCUACCGAACAUGUACCAUAGAUAACUUGUUAACAACAUAGCAGCUGCUCUGGCAAUUCUUUGUACGUCCAUUGAGUACCAUUGAUGUUAUCUUGCAGAAUAUUCUGAAAAAUAAAAAUAUAUAGACAGGCCCAGAUCUCUGGCAUUGUGGAA